CUAAGCACUCCAGGGCCUUCUAUUGGCUGGGCAGAUGGGUAAGUGAGCUCCUUCUCCCCAGAGCCAUCAGCUGGGUACCAAGACUCGACCUUAUGGAUUCCCAGCAGGAGGAUCUGAGCCUCCCUGGUGUGUGGGUCUCAUUGUACUUUGGAUUUCUGGGGCUGUGUUCUGUGGUAACUGGUGGCUGCAUUCUCUUUCUGCACUGGAGGAAGAACUUGAGGCGGGAAGAGCGUGCCCAGGCAUGGGUGGAGGUGAUGAGAGCCGCCACGUUCACCUACAGCCCACUGUUGUACUGGAUUAACAAGCGUCGGUAUUAUGGCAUGAACACAGCCAUCAACACGGGGCCUCCCCCUGCUGCCACCAAGACUGAGACUGAGGUCCAGAAUUCAGAUCCUCUAUGGGAGUUGGACAUCUCUGAGAGCAGGAGCUCUGUUGCCGAAGACAGCAGCCCCAAGGUGGAGGGCCCUGCUCUGCUACAACCUGCAUUGCAGCCCCUACUUUCCCCAAUGCUGCGGUCCCAGACCAGCUCCCCACUUCCAGUUCCCAUCUUUCAGGAGGUGCCCUUUUCCAUUUCCCUGUGCAACCUGCCUCCAGUGAUGAACCACUCAGUCUCCUACCCUUUGGACACCUGUCCUGAAAGGAACAUCCACUUCCAUUCCCUACCCACGAUGGCCCAUGGAGACCACUGCUUCAAUGCCAAGCCUUUUGCUUCAGAGUUGUAGCCUGCUCUGACGGCGGGAGCUGGAGGUAACAGGGGCAGAGCAGGAGAAUGGAGCUAACCCAAGGGAGGUGGUAUUAACAGAGGCCAAAGGCCAUCUGGAUGUCACAUUAUGAAAGACUGAAAAAAAAGCUCAAGGCUCCCUUGUGUCUCAUUUGUUGUUAGAAGGCAAUGUCCCUCCCCUGUUGGAUGGGGGCACUUUGCAAACUGAGCUGAAGUUCACCAAGUCAUAAACAGGAACUAGAGGGUUGGCUGUGGGAAAAGAGUGAAUCAGCAACAUCCCUCUUAUUCAGUAUUUAAGACCAAAAAAACCCCACAUUCCAGACUGUGGGCCAGGUAUCCAGCCAGGGGCACUGCUGUUCUGUGGGACAUUAAAAAUUGCUGCCACCAGAGAGCUGCUGGGGGUGCAUGAGCUAUGGCAAUUCAGUGGCCAUGCCACACGCAAAACAAGUCAUGAGAUCCACGAGCCACACUGCAUUCCUGGCUGAACUGCAUGCUAUACUGAUGAUGCACUGAGAUCUUUUAUGAUUGUCCCUACAUUAAUACAAGAAAACUGCCAAAUGGACCUCACAAUCCUCCUCUUAUAAGGGGAGAGACAGGUUCCAAGGGCAUUUGCUAUAUUGCUUUUAUGUUGCAGAGCCAGGUCUCAAUUUUGUAUCUGUCUAGCACCAAAGUUCUUGGUCUUC